AUGAAAUUUUUCAUAAAGAAAGUGCAUCUCAUCGCAGCUCAUCGCAUCGCACCAACUCACCGAAGAGGUCUACAAGAAGCAGCGCGAGAAAUGGAUCUGAAGACUAGCUAUGCCAAUUUGGAACUGGCCCCAAUCUAUGGAGGCAGCAGUGCUGUAGCGACCAUAUCGGAAGAUGGCUCCAUUCUUGCUACACCGCUGUUAGAUGAGAUUAACGUUAUUCAAUUGCAUCCAACAAGGCAGAAGCUGCAAACGAUCUCGAACGAAGACGAGCAAGAAAUCACCGCAUUGAAAUUGACCGCAGAUGGUAAAUACCUGUGUUUUACGUCCCAGGCACAACUUCUGAAGAUUGUGGAGGUUGCAACGGGAAAAGUGAUGAGAUCAAUGAAGAUUUCCUCACCUUCGUACAUCAUGGAUUCGGAGGCCACGUCUACAUUGGUGGCUGUUGGUGGGACAGAUGGUAGUAUUAUUGUUGUUGAUAUUGAGAACGGGUACGUCACGCAUUCCUUCAAGGGUCAUGGUGGGACCAUUUCCUGCUUAAAGUUUUUCGGUGAAGCGAACAGCAACGUUUGGUUGCUUGCAUCUGGUGACACCAACGGUAUGAUCAAAGUUUGGAAUCUGGUAACGAGAAAGUGCACCCAUACCGUCCAGGAACAUACAUCUGCAGUGAGAGGUAUCGAUAUCCGUUCUAUUUCUGACGACACCAAGUCCAUGCAAUUACAAAUGAUUUCUGGUGGGAGAGACGAUGUCGUUAACUACUGGGAACUGGAUAACAAGAAGAAGUGCAAGCUGCUUCAGACGAUACCCGCUCAUCAACAAGUAGAGCAGUGUGGGUUUAUAGCGAGUCCGGGGCAUAAAAACCUCAUUUACACAUCAGGCGGGGAUGCUAUCAUGCAGUUUAUAUCCUUAGAAAAGGGCAGCAUUGUCAAGAAGAGCAAAAAACCUAUUGAAGAGCUUUUCAUCAUUGGUGUUCUCCCAAUUUCUCAGGGGGAAAAACUGAUUUCUGUGAUGUCCGAUCAAUCACUGCAUUAUCUAGAUGUCGAGUCCAAUCUCAAAGCCACCAACGAAGAAGAGCUUACUUACGAGUCUGCGCUUGCCGGUAAUCACGGCACUAUUGCCGACAUGGUAUUUGUUGGUCCAAAAUUCCAACAUUUGGCCUUGGCAACGAAUUCCCCUACGCUACGGAUUAUACCUACACCUCUUGACGACUCAACAGUGGAUACCAACAAUCUGUUACCAAUUGAUGUGGACAUGUACGAGGGGCACGAAGAUUUGCUGAAUGCUGUGGAUGCUACUGAAGAUGGCCUGUGGCUUGCCACAGCUUCAAAGGAUAAGACCGCUAUUGUUUGGAGAUAUGACGACGAAACGGCUAAAUUUAAGCCUUACGCAAAAUUCAUUGGCCAUUCCUCCUCUGUGACUGCCGUCGGUCUUCCGAAUGUCAUGCUGAGACAUUGGCCAGAGUUCUUACUCACCGCUUCCAACGAUUUGACUAUCAAGAAAUGGAAUAUUCCUAAGCCUAGCGACAAAAUGGAGGGAAUCCACUUAAUCAAGGGUUCCGAAUACACACGCCGUGCACACGAAAAGGAUAUCAACGCUCUUUCAGUCUCUCCAAACGAUUCUGUUUUCGCUACUGCGUCGUAUGAUAAAACAAGCAAAAUAUGGGAUCUUGAAACGGGGGAGUUGACUGCGACUCUAGCUAACCACAAGCGUGGUUUGUGGGAUGUAUCCUUCUGUCAGUAUGACAAACUGCUUGCGACAUGUUCCGGUGACAAGACAAUCAAGAUAUGGUCGCUGGAUACUUUUUCAGUCGUGAGAACUUUAGAAGGUCACACAAAUGCUGUGCAGAGGUGCCACUUCAUAAACAAACAAACGCAACUAGUUAGCAGUGGUGCAGAUGGGUUAAUAAAGAUUUGGGACUGUUCUUCAGGGGAAUGUGUCAAGACAUUAGACGGACACGCCAACAGGAUAUGGGCUUUGACAAUACAGCGGGACGGUGAACUGAUCGCCAGCGCAGAUGCCGACGGGGUGUUCCAGUUCUGGACCGAUUGCUCCGAGCAGCAGCGCGAGCAGGAUUUGGAGAGAGAGAAGGAACUUGUGGAACAGGAGCAGUCGUUGCAAAACUAUUUGGCUAACGAGGACUGGGCCAAUGCUUUCCUACUAGCCAUUACGCUUGAUCACCCCAUGAGACUGUUCAACGUGUUGCGUCAGUCCCUGCACUACUCUCCCGAAAGUGAGAAGCGCGACGAGACGGUUAUCUUCAAUAAAGAGCUAGACCAUGUCAUAUCCACGCUGACCAGUGAUCAGUUGGUGCUUCUGAUGAAGAGGUGUAGGGACUGGAAUACGAACGCAAAGACGCAUACUGUGGCGCAAUGUGCGAUUCGUUGUAUUCUACUUAAGCACAAUAUUGCCGAGUUAAGCGAGAUACCUGGGAUGAUUAAGAUCAUAGACGGUAUCGUCCCCUACACACAAAGGCAUUUUGCGCGUGUGGACAACCUCGUCGAGCAGAGUUUUAUUUUAGAUUAUGCACUUGUAGAGAUGGACAAGCUAUUCUAA